AUGGAGACAAAGCAAGAGCUACCCUCCUUCCACGAGAAAGGUGCGACCAAAACUCUUGGUGUCUCUCCCCAGAUGUGCGAGAAGUUUACCGUCUGCGAGAACAGCAUGGAAAUGCUUGUCCAGAACAACCUCAACCUCCCCAAGGUGACCGAGGAAGACGGGUGUCUGCUCGCCGGCUUCGAUGAGGAUAAAUGCUUGAGGAAAAUCUCCAGCGGGCUUUACACAUUUCAGACAUACCUUGAAUACGUACAAGAGACUUUUACUAGCGAAAAGCAAAACAUCGAAUCGCUGUGCUAUAGCACAGAGCACCUGGCACGUACCCUAAGACAGAUGGUGAUAAACCCCAGUGAAGUGAUCAUCCCAGACUCAGCUACCCAGGAAUCCCUCCGUGCAAAGCUGAAGUCCGAUAAGACCUGGAUAGAGAAAAUCACCACCCACCUCAUCCUCCGAGACUUUACUUCAUUUAUGGAGAAAACCGUGAGGGCCGUUCGUUAUUUGAAAAACACCAGGAGUUUCAGUGUCUGAAUGUUUUAAUUCAGGCACAAUCCUUUGUUACAAAUCUGUCAUGUGGCAGAUGACAGUGUUGUUCUGUUUUAAGAACCAGAAAUAGUAACAAUGGUUUGCAUUUAUAUAUAUAUUCUCAUUUCCUUCUAGGAACUUAUUUAUUGUAUUUAAAAUAUUUAUUUGUUUCUAAAUGUUUCCUAUUUAUAUUUUCAAUAUUUAGAAAUAAUUUAAACAAAGGACCUAUUUUAUUUCAUUUCUAAUGG